GGCUGCUCCGGCUCUCUCUUGCUCUCUCCAGACUCCGUGGCCAGUAGUUUGCGGCAGCGGGAGGAGGAGCAGCAACAGCAGCAGUAGCAGCGGCGGCUGGCUCAGAGGGGAGACGGACAAGCCGGCGCAGACGGCAGCACCAGCUACCGUUCACCAUGCCUGGCUUGCCCGGGGGGCCCUGGCAUCCUCUCCCUUAGCCCCUCGCGGGCCCGCGGUGCGCUGUCCUCUCUGGCAUUCGAGCUGAGCCGAUUCAUCUGAGAUCCGAAACCUCCCACCCCAGUCCUAUUUCUUCCUGCUCUCUCAUACUCCACACUCACACUUCCCAUCCACACACUCACUCUUCCUCCUUUUGGCACAUCCACGCACAUCCCGACUCAGAGAGACAGACCUCCCUAGUGCGCUAGCGCCAGGGAGGGAGGAAGCCCUAAGCAGGGCAGAGGGACGGUGCUUCUCCUGGAGGAAUGGGAUCCAGACGCUCUCGCAAGUAAACUUUGGAGACGACAGAAACCGUCGACCCUGGCAGCUGCCGAGGCGGACCCCAGCGACAUGCAACUGAACUAAGGAGGGCUUCCUUUGGCGGCGGCGGCGGCGGUCCUUGGAGCGACACCCCAGCCCAAACCCGGGGAGCCGAAGAAACCCCGAGUGCCCGCAGCUGCAGUCCCGCCUCUCCUGGCCGGUAUCGUAGUAGCUUCCUUUCCUCACCUUCCCAUUCCCUGUACCCUCCCCCCAGGGCAAUUGGAAAGAGCAGGACUUUGAUUUUUUUUUUUUUUGGACAAAUUGCCAUCUUCCCAUUUUCAUAAACUUGAGGCGGAGGCCUGGGCUGCGUCGGUAACUUUGAUUUCCGUGAUAUAAACGCAGCCCCUCAACCGCUCUGUGGGAGGAGCCCUGUGCCCACCUCGGAUCCCGGGCAGACGCGCCCCCCACGCCCUCGGACUCCAACCUCAGCGCCAGGGACAGUGCUCUAGCAUCUCUCCCUUCCCCCUUCCUCUGCCCGCCCCGGGACAGCCCUCCAGCUCAGCCAGAUCCCUGGGCUCCCAAGGAUCUUGUCAGCAACUCAGACUUCUGCCUACAAUCCCCUCCUUCUCUCCCCAACAGGCCUCGAAGAGGCCAGAGUGGCCCCCCCGGAGCCCGGAGGGCGCGUACCGGGCGGGAGCUCCCUCCGCAGUGAGCUGGGCGCGCUGGGGGGAGGUCCUUGCGCAUGCCAGGUGCACAGACUACGCGCUCGCCUGCCCCAGUGCCGGUGCGCUGCGGCUGGUCGGCCAGUGCCUGAAAGGCUGAGCUCCCACAGCUUUAGGCGUCCGCGCCCCAAGUACAGUCUCGACUCUGCAGCUUGUGGCCGUCUGGGGCGUGCAAGCGCCACUCGAUCCGCAGCCCUGCGCCGCUGCGGCCAGUCGCUCCUGGCUAACUUUAAAGGGGGAAAACUGAGUAGCCGGGCUGGAGGGAGGGGGCUCGGGGCCGCGCGGCGCUCCCUCGGCCCCACGGAGCCCCCGGACCCCCAGAAAGCCCCCACCGAGUCCACUGCAACCUCAGCAUUGGAGCCCGCGCGGGUUCAUCCCGCGCGCCGCCGGGCCGCCCUGGGCGGGACUCCUCCCGCGGCCUCCGGGGCCACGGGGCGCGCGCAACAGGCGGCCCGAGCCGGCGGGAAGCUGGAGCGCCGGCGGCGUCGGUCUCGGAGGGGUGUGGAGAGGCGAGGCCAGGCAGAGCCCCGCGCAGCCAUGGAGUCUCUCCUGCUGCCGGUGCUACUGCUGCUGGCGGUACUGUGGACACAGGCGGCUGCCCUGAUUAACCUUAAAUACUCGGUAGAAGAGGAGCAGCGCGCCGGGACAGUGAUCGCUAACGUGGCCAAGGACGCGCGGGAGGCGGGCUUCGCGAUGGAUCCGCGGCAGGCUUCUGCGUUCCGAGUGGUGUCAAACUCAGCUCCGCACCUGGUGGACAUCAACCCCAGCUCUGGUCUGUUGGUCACCAAGCAGAAGAUCGACCGAGACCUGCUGUGCCGCCAGAGCCCCAAGUGCAUCAUCUCGCUAGAGGUCAUGUCCAGCUCAAUGGAGAUCUGUGUGAUUAAGGUGGAGAUCAAGGACCUGAACGACAAUGCUCCCAGUUUCCCGGCCGCACAGAUAGAGCUAGAAAUCUCUGAGGCAGCCAGUCCGGGUACGCGCAUCCCACUGGACAGCGCUUAUGAUCCGGACUCAGGCAGCUUUGGAGUGCAGACCUAUGAGCUCACACCCAACGAGCUGUUUGGCCUGGAGAUAAAGACGCGGGGUGACGGUUCGCGCUUUGCUGAACUCGUGGUGGAGAAGAGCCUGGACCGCGAGACACAGUCGCACUACAGCUUUCGCAUCACAGCACUGGACGGAGGUGACCCACCACACUUGGGCACAGUUGGCCUCAGCAUCAAGGUGACUGACUCUAACGACAACAACCCGGUGUUUGGAGAGUCCACCUACUCAGUGAGCGUGCCUGAGAACUCACCUCCCAAUACACCCGUCAUCCGCCUGAAUGCCAGCGACCCAGAUGAAGGCACCAAUGGCCAGGUGGUCUACUCCUUCUACGGCUAUGUCAAUGACCGCACACGUGAACUCUUCCAAAUUGACCCACACAGCGGCCUAGUCACUGUCACCGGUGCGCUAGACUACGAAGAGGGACACGUGUACGAGCUGGAUGUGCAAGCCAAGGACCUGGGGCCCAACUCUAUCCCUGCACACUGCAAAGUCACCGUCAGCGUACUAGACACUAAUGACAAUCCGCCAAUUAUUAACCUACUAUCAGUCAAUAGCGAGCUUGUGGAGGUGAGCGAGAGCGCCCCCCCGGGCUAUGUGAUUGCCCUGGUUCGGGUGUCUGAUCGCGACUCAGGUCUCAAUGGACGUGUGCAGUGCCGCUUGCUGGGCAAUGUCCCCUUUCGGCUGCAGGAGUAUGAGAGCUUCUCCACUAUCCUUGUUGAUGGACGGCUAGAUCGUGAGCAGCACGACCAGUACAAUCUUACGAUUCAGGCUCGAGACAGCGGUGUGCCUAUGCUGCAAAGUGCCAAGUCCUUUAUUGUGCGCAUCACUGAUGAGAAUGACAACCACCCACACUUCUCCAAGCCUUACUAUCAAGUCAUUGUACAGGAGAACAACACUCCUGGCGCCUAUCUGCUCUCUGUCUCUGCCCGCGACCCCGACUUGGGUCUCAAUGGUAGUGUCUCCUACCAAAUUGUGCCAUCACAGGUGCGAGACAUGCCCGUCUUCACCUAUGUCUCAAUCAAUCCCAACUCUGGUGAUAUCUAUGCGCUACGAUCCUUCAACCAUGAACAGACCAAGGCAUUCGAAUUCAAGGUGCUGGCCAAGGAUGGCGGCUUGCCCUCGCUGCAAAGCAACGCCACAGUGAGGGUCAUCAUCCUCGACGUCAACGACAAUACCCCAGUCAUCACUGCCCCACCCCUGAUCAAUGGCACUGCUGAGGUCUAUAUUCCUCGAAACUCUGGCAUAGGCUACUUGGUGACUGUAGUUAAGGCAGACGAUUAUGAUGAGGGCGAAAAUGGCCGAGUCACCUAUGACAUGACAGAAGGUGACCGCGGUUUCUUCGAAAUAGACCAGGUCAACGGAGAAAUCAGAACCACUCGCACCUUUAAUGAGAACUCCAAGGCUUCCUAUGAGCUGAUAGUGGUGGCCCAUGACCAUGGCAAGACGUCCCUUUCUGCCUCUGCCCUUGUCCUAAUCUACCUGUCCCCAGCUCUUGAUGCCCAAGAGUCAAUGGGCUCUGUGAACUUAUCCCUGAUUUUCAUUAUUGCUCUGGGCUCCAUUGCUGGCAUCCUCUUUGUCACUAUGAUAUUCGUGGCCAUCAAGUGCAAGCGUGACAACAAAGAGAUCCGGACCUACAACUGCAGUAAUUGUUUAACCAUCACUUGUCUCCUCGGCUGUUUUAUAAAAGGACAAAACAGCAAGUGUCUGCAUUGCAUCUCGGUUUCUCCCAUUAGCGAGGAGCAAGACAAAAAGGCAGAGGAGAAAGUGAGCCUAAGGGGAAAGAGAAUCGCUGAAUACUCCUAUGGGCAUCAAAAGAAAUCAAGUAAGAAGAAAAAAAUUAGUAAGAAUGACAUCCGCCUUGUACCUCGGGAUGUGGAGGAGACAGACAAGAUGAAUGUUGUCAGUUGCUCCUCCCUUACUUCGUCCCUCAACUAUUUCGACUACCACCAGCAGACACUGCCCCUAGGCUGCCGACGCUCUGAGAGCACUUUCCUGAAUGUGGAGAACCAGAAUACACGCAACACCACUGCCAACCACAUCUACCAUCACUCCUUCAACAGCCAGGGCCCUCAGCAGCCAGAUCUGAUCAUCAAUGGUGUGCCCCUGCCUGAGACUGAAAACUAUUCCUUUGACUCUAACUACGUGAAUAGCCGUGCCCAUUUAAUCAAAAGCAGCUCCACCUUCAAGGACCUGGAGGGCAACAGCCUGAAGGAUAGUGGACAUGAGGAGAGUGACCAGACUGACAGUGAACAUGAUGUCCAGAGGAGCCUGUACUGCGAUACUGCUGUGAACGAUGUGCUGAACACCAGCGUGACCUCCAUGGGAUCUCAGAUGCCUGACCAUGACCAGAAUGAAGGAUUUCAUUGCAGGGAAGAAUGUCGGAUUCUUGGCCACUCUGAUAGAUGCUGGAUGCCUCGGAAUCCAAUGCCUACCCGUUCCAAGUCUCCUGAGCAUGUGAGAAACAUCAUCGCUCUGUCCAUUGAAGCUACUGCUGCUGAUGUUGAGGCUUAUGACGACUGCGCCCCCACCAAGCGGACUUUCGCAACCUUUGGAAAAGAUGUCAGCACCCACCCGGCUGAGGAGCGGCCCAUCCUGAAAGGCAAGAGGACUGUCGAUGUGACCAUCUGCAGCCCCAAAGUCAACAGCGCUAUCCGGGAGGCAGGCAAUGGCUGUGAGGCUAUUAGCCCUGUCACCUCCCCACUCCAUCUCAAGAGCCCUCUGCCCACCAAGCCUUCUAUGUCUUACACGGUCGCCCUGGCUCCUCCAGCUCAUGAUCUGGAGCACCAUGCCAACAAUGGCGCCUCUCGUCCUUCUGAAGCUGAGCCCCGUGGAGCCGACUGUGAGAAAGUCAUGCGUGAGGUCAAUCCUAUUCUGAAGGAAGGCCGUGACAAGGAAUCUCCUGUUGUGAAGCGUCUGAAGGAUAUCGUUCUGUAAACCCAUCUGGGGCAGAAAAGAGAAAGAAAUCACACUGGCUAGUGAAGAUUCAGCAGCUGCUCAUUUUAAUUGUUCACCAAUGGUUGGUUCUCGAGUGGCUGCAUUGUAGAGCUUUCCCUAAAUGUAUUGUGUAUAAGUGACUAUCAUUCCGUGACAAUCCCUCUCGUUUCAACAGGCAGCAGGGGUGUUCAGUUGGAGCAAAUUAGCUUUGGCUUGAGUUGUUCAUGGGGCCUUGAUGUUGGGGAAACAGAGGCAAAUUCAGUUGUGAAAAGUAUUAUGUAUUAAGUGUUUGAAUUUAUAUAUUUUUAUAUGUCAAAAUGAUAAUAUAAAUCACCAUUGUUUGUGAAGAAUUACAUUUAAAAAAGCAAAAAGAAAAAAAAGAAAAAAAAUAACUCUGGACACCUUUAAUAAGCUCGCCACUGUUUUUUGUAGUGUAGACAAGUUAUUGGUCAUUUAUUGUGUACUGUUCAUUGAUGCAGUGAUGUGAAAUCGAGCCCCCAAAAGGUUGUUUCUGAAGCUCGAGUCCUUCCCAAUGCCGAUACUUUGCUGUGGACGCCCCUGCUUUAAGAACCCUUUUGCUAGCUGUGCUGUUGUUGUAUUUGAUAUUGCAAAUUGCUAUGUGUGUGGUGAUGGCAAAAGGCUUUUAAAGGUUGAUGUUUUCUUUUCUUAAAAAAAAUAAAAAUACAGACAAAAACAAAAUGCAGAAAACUGAGACAGCAAAUGAACGAGCAACACCACACCUAGAGGUUGAGUGCUUGUUGGAUACUCGAGUUUUUUAAUCCGUGUAGUGAUUGCUCACCACCUUGCAGAGGAUUUCUCCUGCCUUUCACAGUCUUCUGCCCCGGUCUGUGUUAGAUCAUUGUAGAAAGUCAUUUUUGGAUAUGCUGCUAUCUACUUUGCAGUUGUCAGAAAUACUGUGCUGAAAAUUUUAUGAGAUGCAUUAUUUUUUUUCUAAUAUUCAGACCCUGAACAGGAAAGUUACCCCUGAAAUUAUCAGUUUUCAGCCUGAGAAAUUCCUUGUCUCCAAUCAUCUAAAACUCAUGCAACAUGACUGAGUCUAUUUUGAGAUCUAAAUUAACAUCUCUUUAGACACACACUUCCUGAUUCAGUGUUUUCCCAAUCAUGAUUGGAAUUAGAUGGUAAAGCACAUCAUGGGCUGGAAUUAAGGGCUCCAUGUUGCUCUUUACCUUAGGCUUAUAAAUAAUGAUAGAGUAAGCAGUAUAAAGUGUACAUUUAAGAAAAGACAGGUACUAACAUCACUAAUCUAAUUACUGUGCCUUCUAAACGGAGACACUCAGACACUUGAACACGUCUUUUUAUGACUAAUACUUUUUUGAUUAAAAAUGUGAACAAGAAAUUAUUAAAACAAAAUCCUUUAGAUUUAGCUGACUCUUUUUUUUUUUUGCUGUAGGCUAGGAAUAUGCCUUUUUAAACUAACAGACCACCCAUUCUUUUAGUUGUUUUUAACACUGCACAAAUGCCCCUUUUUAUCAUCUGUCAGUUAAUAUUCACUAGCCAACAUAGUAUUCUUGCAGCCUAAGAGUUCAUUAUUUAAAAUAAACUAAAGAAACAUGUCAUCUUUGCUCUACCUUUGUCUUAAAAGAAUUGCUUCUGAAGAAACAGGUUUUUUGGUUUCUCUCUCUCUCUCUCUCUCUCUCUCUAAUUUUUUUUUAUAAUU